GUCAUUGGACGAAGUGCACGGAGGAUUUUUUUUUUAGUUGAGCGCUUCUCUUCCGUUAACGCGCCAUUCGUGCGGCGUCUGCAAAGCGCGCAACGGCGUCAAACUCUGCAACCCGCCCGCUAUGUCGGACAAACGCGAUGCAUACCUUAGGGUCAAAAUGGAAGAAGAUGUGGAACCUGUGAUAUUUAAUGGAGCCGAAAUGGUUGACGUUCAGAAUGAUCCUUCACCUCCAGCUACUGAAGAUCAGGCGCAAGUGAAUAAUCAGAACAGAUAUCUAGCUGCUGUUGUUUAUGUACAGCAAUCGGGAGCAGAAGGUGAACCAGAUGAGCCCGGCAUGAAUACCAAUGAGUCAGCAGGAAACCUGCCGCAGGCUCAUCUACCAAAGAGGGAGGAUAAUUUAACUGACAUGAAAUCGUAUGAGACUGCAGCAACUGGAGAAUACAGCUACGUUUAUAGGCCAAAAAGAAGGAAAAUCACAGUCCGUAAUGCACCUCAGAUGAGAAUGGGAGAUCCUGGUGAUUAUGGUGAUUAUGAAGAAAAUGGUGACUUUGUUUUUGACUAUAGUGCUGACUAUGAAUGCGCAAGUGAUGUGUCAGACGGUUCUUAUGUUACAGAUCAGCCGAGGACUUUAGUGGAGAUUCUAAAUUACUGUCAGGUAAUGUAUGCUGCCAUCCAGAGACUGGACAAGAAAUUUGAUGUUCUGCAUCGUCGAGUCACAGAGAUGAACCAAGGAAGAACAAAACCUAUGUUUUUCAAGCCGAAACUUAUGGCAAUGCCAUAUGGAAAAACACAUCAGAUGCCCCUUACCAAAAUGCAAAUACACAAACCAGUGGAAAGAGAAAUGAGGAUCCGGGUGCCUCCACCUGAUCGAGGGCUUUGUUCUUCCCCAUUCAGGAUACGAGUAGAGAAAGAACCAUUGAAUGUUUCAGUUCCAAGCCAAGCUGUCCGAUCGUUGACCAAUCCGCAGACCAUGUUCAGCUGCACACGAGGAACAAGCCCACCUCUGCCAACUAUUCAAUCUGUCCAAUCUUUACAAGAUCCAGCAAUGCAGGAUUCAGGCACGGCUAUCGAGAUUUCUGACUUUGUCCCCGGGAAAGCGAUUGUUGAGCAAGACACAAGGGUGCCAAAGUCGUUAGACAACAUUGACGCAGUGAUACCCACAAGUGGGCUGUAUCAAGAUGGAUGCAGUUCCAGAGAUAGAGAAACAUUUGUUAAUACAAAUAUCACAAAUGGAACUAAGCAGCAAAACAACUUUUCUGAACAUUUGUCCUCUGUUCCUUCAUCAAGUGCAACUAAUGUCAAUUCCGACUAUCUAGGUGACCCAGGACGGAAUAUAAAGGUGCCUGCAGCCUUUUUGAUCAAGGCACGCGAAAAAAACAAGCCCAAGUAUGCAGCACGCUACCUCGUUCGAAUGCUGUUCCCUAGAGAUGUGCUGAUGUGUAGUAGUAUGGAAGGUGACAAAGCUCGAGGAAUCAAACCCCUAGACCCCAAUUGGGUCACUGGUUUACGAGAAUUCCUUUGUACAUAUUUCCCCAAAUUCGAUAUGAAUGAGGAUGGCAAAGACUGGAAGACUUGCAUCAUCAGUGUGGAUUCCAUGAUAUGCAGCCUGCGUUGUGAAAUCCAAAGAGGAGCAGAUAUCACAGAUGAUAACGAUAAAACUUUGGGACAUGAAGAAGCACAAGUGUAUGUAAAUCUGGAUUCCGAUGGAGAAGAUGAGCAGGUCCGUCCAGAAAAACCUGAAGAAACCAAAAUUACUUCAGAACCACAGCAACAGGCAUUGCAGCAGCAAGACGUCACGCCUGUACCGAAGGAUGAUAAGCAGAAAGCUUUUGAACCAAAAGAAACCCUUGGAAAUCCAGCUCGACAAGUCCAAGUCCCAUACUCUACGAUAUACGUUGCAAAGCAAAGAAUAAGACCCGAGCUGGCAGCCCGAUAUCUAGUUCGACAUCUGUUUCCUGAGGAUGUGCUGGUCAGAAGCAAUGUAUAUGGAAAUUUAGAUUGGGGCAUUACUCCUUUAGACAGCAACAAAAUCGGUGCUAUUCGAGAAUUUCUUGAAGAAGCCUAUCCAGUGUUUGACUUGUGUGAGAAAGGACGUGACUGGAAAGCAUGUGUGGCUGCUAUAAAUAGUUCCAUACGCAGCAUAAGGCAUGAGCGGAAGUCCCGGCCGGGCUAUUACAAGCAACCGCAUCCUCAGUGUUUGUAUUAUAAGAAACUGUCAGAGAAACAGAACUACAAAAGCAGUACUUCUCGCAGCACUGAUCCCCAGGAAACAUUCUGUGGAGACACAAACAUCCUCUGAUCAUCUGAAGAAUGAUGGAUACUGAGAAUGAAAAAUGAAGUAUACGUUUGAGGGGGAAAAAAACAAUUGUUUGAAAGAAUGAAAUCCUUGAUGGCAUACCUAUUUUUAAAAAUUAUUUCUGUUUUUUUAAAAGCCUCUGAAUUUGGCUGAGAGCUCCCCCAAUACGCAAAGUUGUGCUUUAAUGCUAUCAUUUUAUUUUUAUGUGAUUGUCAAAGUUUGCAUUCAUGCAAUAGUCAAAAGGAUGAAUUGCAGAAUAGCAAAAAAUGGGGGUGGGGGGAGGGGGGGGAAUUAAUGUAGCAGAGCCGGUAGUAAAAGCACUCGCACAAACUGAACAAUAAAAUGGAAUGAAAUGUUUGAGAUAACCGUACUGUGAAUUGUUGCUGCAAUUUAGUUACAGGGAGAAACUAUUUUUAAAGUUAUUUUUCUGAUACUCAAUUUGUGAUGCUGGUAUGAAGAUUUUUGCUUUUAGUUGUAUGUUUUUGAUUUUUAAGUUCAUGGUGCUCCUCAGCAAAAAUGUUCUUUCUUCCCUCACCAUGGAAUAUUCCAUUAUUGUAAAGAUGAUCUUAACUACUCAAGCGAGAACUGAUAAAAAACACAACACAGCUAAUUUUGAUAAUGUGGUCUAUUUUGUAUGCUUUGACAAAAUAAUGUGCAAUCAAAAAAUGACGCAAACGAUAUGAAUUGGAGAGGGAAAGGAAGGUCUUGCAGUUGUUUAAUAUUUGUGAAGUUAUGACCUGACUUCAUCCUGAAUUAAUAAGAGAAUGUUUUUUGUGAGAACCCAGUGUAAAAUGAGUUUCGGACAGUCUGAACUCAAUUGUUUACAAAUAUAAUAUUUUCCAUGGUGUUGGUACUGAAUUUUUCAUGUCACUUAGAGGCCAUUGAGAAUUCUGUUUAGAGAAACAAAAAAUGCACACUUCUGCAAUGGAGAACAAUAAUGACGUUUAAUCCAUGAUCCUUUGCAUCACUUGAGAGGAAGUAAAUCUUCCCUCCUAGCUCAUCAGUCCCUAAUUUGAUAAAGACACUGGAUUUUUAAAGUAUUCAACAGUGCAAAUUGUAGGAUUAAAGUUGGGCUUCGGAGCCACUAAUGCUUUGCCUUUUUCAGAAACAUGAUGCUUUAAGGGCCUGUCCCACUUGCAUGCGAUUGCGUGCGUUUGGCGCGACCAACUGGAAGCGGAAUUCACGCGAAAUUCGCGCGUGAAGUCAUUUACGUCAUGCUUACCAAUCAGCUGGGCAGGUGGGGGGCCGACUGAAUUUGGUGACGUCAUCACGCAACGUCAUGCCGGGCGGUGAAUUCGUCAUGCAUCGCCAUGCGCUAGACAUACGCCGUCAAGACGCUGCGUACGACCGCAAUGCGCCUGCGUACCGACAGGCCGUUGGCGCACAAAGAUUUAGGCCACUGCAAGAAUUUCAGAGCCCCGCGCAAUGUCGGGACCAGCCCCACACAACUCUGCGCUUCUAAGUGGGACCGGCCCCGCGCGGCCAUACAGUGCCCGUACGCCUCAAGCGACCACGAAGUCGUGUAAUUUGCGAGCCAAGGUCGCAUAAGUGGGAUAGGCCCUUAAAUUAUAAAACAAAAACGGAAGUGUAAUUUAAUAUAAUUUUGUUAAAUGUUAUUCAUGCUCCCUUUUUUUUAUAUGUGAUUAACUUAAGACAACAAAUUGUAUUCUUGUAGCUAUAAUAAUUUUUUCUGUAUCUAAUCUUACAUUCAGUUUUCUUUCUAAAGUUUAGAAGAAGACUCCUGCAUGUAUAAAUUCUGUGAAUCCAUUAGGCACACUUCCUUGUCCAAACAAACUCUCAUAUUGAUAUCCAGUCUAUGCAGUCAAGCUCUGAUUAUCAUCAAUCACAUGGCUUUGAUUUAUUGAAUUGUUGGUUUAGCUCAGUGCAACAUUCUGAUUACAAUAAGGGGCACGUAUUACCAAAAAUUACCCACGACACUGCCCCCCCCCCCCCCCCCCCCCCCCCCCCCCACCUUCCCUCCUGACACGCAGAUUAUUCCACAUUUUCCAAUGCUCAAUUCUGAAAUUUUCCAGGAUCUUGUAAUGGUAGUUAUGGCUCUGCACAAUUUGGAUAUUUUGACAUUUUUCACAAGGAGAAUAAUGAUGGAACCCAGAUAUGUUGUAAUGAAUUAGCAAGAGUUAACUGUGGUCAUUUCAAUGUGGUAUUUUGUAUGAAGCAACACAAAAUAUAUUUUGGUCAUUUUUGUUGCAAUAAACUAUUUGUUUAUCUUAACACCACAUCUAACCUGCAAAUUUUGGCGUAUUUAUAUUGUCAUCUGCAAGAGAAGAUUGGUCUUCUCCUUGUAUAAUCUCUUGAUUAGUCAACAAUGGAGUAACCAUAUUCUGUUGUACAAUUAUACAUUUCUUAGCUCCACAUUAUUAGCUAAGCUUUGGUUAGAAGUCAGUAUCUGGAUCAAUGAGCUUUGAAAUGUUGCUGGUCUACUCUGGUGAUGAAUGCACCUACCAGACAGAGGAAAUGGUGAACCAGGAAUGGAGAAUUUGCAAAUCUGAUGUUGAAUUUAUUAAAGUUUGACUUUUUUGAGAUGUGAAUGAUUUCUCAUAUGUUGGUCACUUCUGAGACUUUUUAGAUACCAAAGGAAUCAAGAAAAAACACAAAUAAUGCCUUACUAUUGAUGAAAUGCAGUGAGCAAACGCGAUAAUUCCCAAUAUUUUCAAUUCCGAUAUCUGCCCAGCCAAUGUUCGCCAAGCACUUUAGCUGCUGUUGUCCCUUCAGCUCUGCUUCUCUUUACCUUAAUUUCGCUUCACUUUUGGAAUUCUAAAGUGGGGUACAUGUCUCUCACACUUACCCCGACUUCCACAAAUUUUUUUGCGUAAUAAUUCAAAGUUUUGGCGGUUUUUAACAGGUAGGAAAGUACGUGUUUCUUGCAUUAGUAACAUAUACCGGAAGUGACGGAUGUCCUCCAGAUGGAUUGAGCGGCUCCGUGCGUCAAGCCCUAUGACCCAGUGAACUUACGUGCAACCCCCCUAUAUUGUAGCGAUGUUACAAAACUUACCUUCAGCG